AUUAUUUAUUUCAAUAGUCUAGGAAGUCAAAAAUGACCUGAACUGAAUGAAAAGAAUAAAAAGGUCAAGGACCUUGACUCCUCCCACCUGGCACGACCAUCCUAAUGUUACUCUUUAUACUGAAACAGUUAAUGGUAAAAUGUCUGCCCUUUGAAUUUAUACGAUAACAAAAAACAAGAAAUCUUACCCUCAAUAUGUUCAGAGAAAACAAUUUUGACUGGAACUCCCAUAACCAACAAAUAGUCCGCCAGGGAACCCAAAUAUUGGAACAAACUGGGCAAAGUAUUAAUAGAGCAGAACAGAUAGCGAUAGAGACAGAAACUAUAGGCACAGAAGUGGUUUCCGAGCUGGAGUCCCAAAGGGAGACCCUCUUAAGAACCAGAGGUCGUCUAGAAGACGCCAAUAGUCAACUGGACAGUGCCCGCUCAGUGAUAACAAAAAUGAGUCGCAAUAUAGUUUAUAACAAACUGAUUCUUAUAUUGAUAAUUAUUUUAGAGGGGGCGAUAUUGAUUAGUUAUGCUUAUAUUAAGUUUUUUAAGCCUAAAAAGUGACUUUCUUAUAAAUAAUUAAGGUAAAAAAAAUUAAACAAAUAUAUUAAACAACUUAAAUAUGUAUUAUUAAAUAAUUUAUUUUUACAAAA